GAUGAAGUGGAGGAGAGACACAGGAGCGAGCGGUGCAGUACAUCGGGCCCUUGUAGGGCACGUCAGUCGCCGGGGAUGGGUGUGUCGAUGAUCGUCACGGAAGCUCCGGUGGCAGUGGGAAAUGAAUAAAUCCCAGCCCGCGGUCCUAAUGGGCAAGAGUUUAACUGGAAUUCAUGCGUGGUCCUCCUACUUCAAGAGUUCUUAAACACCGGACAAUACCGAGGUUGAUUGUAGUUCAUGUGAAAGCAGGGUUCGAGGAGUUUGGUGUUGUAAGGUGAAUUGAUUCUCUGGAGUAUUGGAUCUGCAGUCUUUCCUUCAUAGGUGUUCAUCUGCAAGCAAAGGACCUCAAGCAAGACCAAGAGAAUGUUCGAUAUAUUAUUUGUGAUGAUAUUUGGAUUGUCAGGGCGUGUUCUGACUAAAGACACAGACACAAAAGGGAGGUUCAGUUCUCCAGUGUUGGAUGUUACUGAAAAGCAGCUUAUUAUAGAGAGAAAUCAGACACUUCAGCUAAACUGCAGAGGACGGUGGGAGCUCCAGUGGGUUUUGCCAUCAGGCGUCCCGAAAGUGUACCACGGCACGCAGAUAAAAGAGACUCGCUGCGGGAAGAAAAAUAACCAAUACUGCAGCCGCCUGAUGCUCAGUCCUGCUUUAGCUCAACACACUGGCUCUUACCGCUGCAGGUACCGCCAAAAGCAUCGCAAACAGACCUCUGUGUACGUCUACAUCACAGAUAGCCAGCGGCCAUUUGUAAAGGUGCAGUCGGAGAUCCCAGAAGUGGUGUACAUGAAGGAGGGAGAGCCAUUGGUCUUCCCCUGCAGAGUCACAAACCCGGAUGCCAAAGUCUCAUUGGUUAAGUUUCCUUUCCACCCGAUAGCUCCUGAUUAUAGAAACAUCAUCUGGAAUAGCAAGCACGGUUUCACUAUUCGUAGUCCCACAUUCUUCUACAUCGGGCUAUUCUCCUGUGAAACUAUUGUCAAUGGAGUCAAAUAUAGCAACAGGUUCUUGACUCACAGGCCAGUGAAUAAAAUCCUGGAUGUGUAUUUGAACAGCACGGGUUUGGUCCACAUGUUACAGGGCCAGAUGUUAGCACUGAACUGCACCGUUACAGCUGAGUGGAACGCCAGGGUGUCCAUUAGCUGGACGUACCCUCAAAAGGCUAAUGGAUCUGCCAAUAUCAUCAGACGCAUAUCAAGGAGCAGAACCAACAUGCUGUUCUACAGUGUCCUCACCAUCCCCAGCCUGAGCACAGCAGAUAGAGGACUUUACAAAUGUCAUGUAACAAGUGGUCCAUCCAAGCGAGAAACAAAUGCCACAGUUAUUGUCUAUGACCAGCCUUUCAUUCGACUCAAGCACAGAGAUGGCCCUGUGGUUCAGGCUUCUGCAGGACAGAAAUCUUUCCGUCUUACUCCAAAACUAAAGGCUUUCCCUGCACCUGAAGUCAUCUGGUUGAAGGAUGGGAUGGUUGCCGCCGAGCAGUGUUCCCGUUACCAUGUAGACAGAUUUUCUCUGGUCAUUCGGGAUGUCGCUGAAGAGGAUGCAGGAAUCUACACCAUCCUUACUGGCAUCCAGCAGUAUGGACUUUUCCAGAACCUCACACUCACAUUGGUGGUAAAUGUGAAACCACAGAUUGGAGAAAAGACAGUUUCCUCUCAGCAACCUGGGACUGUCCAGCGAGGCAGUAGACAAGCCCUGCAUUGCACCUCUCACGGUGUCCCACCUCCUAAAAUCCAGUGGCUCUGGCAUCCGUGCCCUCCGAAAGGCCUAUGCGAGAAACCUCCUCCUUCGUCCUGGACUGCAGUCCGCAAGAAGACAGAAGUCACGUCCACCCACAAUCCCAUCCUGACCAUGAGCCACAGACAGGAAGUGUUAGAAGGGAAGAAUAAGACUGUAGGAAUUCUGACAGUUGGCGAAGCAUUGAUAUCUGGCAUCUAUCGCUGUGUUGCAUCAAACUUAAUGGGCAAAGAUGAACUAGACAUCCAUUUCUAUGUCACAGAUGUCAAAGGAGGCCUUAUCGCAUCUUUGGAGGAAGAACCCAGAGAGGGAGGGGACCUCCGUCUGGUCUGUAUAGCCAAUAGGCACCUCUAUUCAGACCUGUCAUGGUAUAGAUUAACAAAUCAAUCCUCAACAUCAGAGGGAGCUUCAGUUGUCGCAGGGGUGCUCACAGAAGGGCAGUUCUCUCACACUCUGUACCUUCUGCUGAGGAAUGUGACUGCACAGGAUUCGGGAAUGUACCGCUGUUCCACCACACACCUGCUUACAGGAGAACAUACACACCUAGAUACAGCAGUGGAGAUCACAGUUCUACAGGCACCGGUGCUGCUGCGAAAUCUGAGCGAUCACAUUGUUAACGUUAGCAACUCAGUCACUCUUCGCUGCCCCGCUCGAGGAAUUCCAUACCCCCAGAUCACAUGGUAUAAGGACCAAAGGAAGCUGCAGCAGGUGUCUGGAAUUAUGCUGUUUCCAGAGGAAGGGACUCUUCACAUCUACCGUAUUUCAGUUGAAGGCCAGGGACUUUAUACCUGUGAGGCCACCAGUGAAAGAGGGUCUGUGGAGAGCUCCGCCCACAAUUGGGUUCAAAGUUCACCUGAGUCCCUUUUUCUGGAGAUCCCAACUCUAGCGUGUACGUGCGUGGUGGCCACCCUCUUCUGGCUGCUUCUCACACUGCUGAUUCACAAACUCAAACAGCCAAACUCCACUAAUGGCAAAGCAGAGUACCUGCCAAUCAUCCUGCAUCCAGGGGAGGAGCCUCUGGUUGAGCACUGUGACAGGUUACAGUAUGAUCCCGCCCAAUGGGAGUUUCCACGUGACCGCCUUAAACUAGAAAAGCCCCUUGGGCGAGGGGCAUUUGGGUGAGUAAUGCAGUCCUCAGCUUUCGGCAUUUGCAAUUCAGCCAGCUGCACCACAGUGGCUGUCAAAAUGCUUAAAGAUGGCGCUAUGCCCAGUGAACACAAGGCUCUGAUUACAUAACUGAAGAUCCUCAAUCAUAUUGGUCAUGACCUCAAUGUGGUCAAUCUUCUUGGUGCAUGUACCAGAACAGGAGGGCCUCGUAUGGUCAUAGUUGAAUACUGUGAGUUCAGCAAGCUGUCUGCAUACUUAGAGGUGUUCCUGUUGAAUAGGGUGAACACAGAAGAGGAGGGAUAUAAAGGACGAUUGUCCAGUGUGUCCAGCAGCCAGAGCAAUGCCAGUUCAGGGUUUAGUGAACAGAAAGGAGAGAUCUCAGAGGAGGACAGAGUUUCUCUUCCCGAAUCCAACAACCCUCUUCUGCUUGAAGACCUGAUUUCUUACAGCUUUCAGUGCAUUCAUCGUGACCUUGCUGCCAGAAACAUCCUGUUGUCCAACAACAAUGUGGUGAAGAUAUGUGAUUUUGGCUUGGCCCGAGACGUUUACAAAGACCCAGACUAUGUGCGCAAGGGAGAUGCACGGUUACCACUGAAGUGGAUGGCACCUGAAUCGAUCUUCAACAAAGUCUUCACCUCUCAGAGUGACGUGUGGUCAUAUGGAGUUCUGCUCUGGGAGAUCUUCUCACCUGGAGCGUCUCCGUACCCGGGGCUCAACAUUAAUGAGGAGUUUUGUCACAGACUGAAGCAGGGGACUCGGAUGUGUCCUCCUGAGUACAGUACCACAGAGACGUCAGUUCUCACACCUGAAUACACCAUAUAAAACUGUCCUGUGAACCAAUACAUGGGAUUUGUCUGACAGUUCUAGCAUUAUGAUGGCAUGCUAGGAAAAUAAGCCUGAAGACAGACCUUCUUUCUCUGCUCUUGCGGAUCUACUGGGUGACCUCCUGCAGACCUGCGUCCAACAGGAUGGAAAGGAUUAUAUUCCACUGAACACUAUUAUUCCUGGAGAAGGAAAUACUGUCACAGCACAACUUGACCAGAAAGACAUAAGCCAGAAAACACUGCCAACUUCAAGCUCUGGGAAAAUCAAAACCAUUAGCACUUUUGAGGAUCUACACAAAGAAAUCCCUGAUGACAGCCAGUCUGAUAGUGGAAUGGUUCUGCCGUCUGAAGAGAUGAAAUGAAAUGGAUGGACAGAUUCAAAACCAAAAACAUAACCUAGUUCUUCUUCAAAGGUCAGAACCAGUGCAUGAAGCUGCCUGCAGAAGUGCUGCCUUGUAUGAAUAGCGCCCCUUGUUGUCUUCACAGGGAGGUUCCUCCUGUGUGUUCCUCAGAGGUGCUGCUAUCCUCUACCACUUUCUGAAACACACAUCAGCCGUCAACGUCCAUUACCACUACCACCAAACCAUUGCUCAUCUCAACUAAUUUGCUUCCUGUAACUUAUUGUCCUGGGUUUGUCCAGUCAAACUAGUAUUUCUGAAUCGAUCUCUUAUUCUUCCGAGUUUCUCAACACAUUCCCACACAUUUUUACUCAAUGAACUUCAGUUAAUUUUUGAAUCACUCAUAAUUACUGGUUAUGGAUUUACUCCUUCAGGUUAGUCGGUUUACAGGCAUUUCAUGACUUUUUGACUUUCUAUCAUGUUGAUACUUGCAACUACUAAUCAGCAUUUCAUCUGAAACCACUGGUGAUCUGUGCCAUUUG